AUGCGUACUACACUUUUUGUUGCUGGUUUUGGUUCGAGAACACGAGCAAGAGACCUUGCCUAUGAGUUUGAAAGAUAUGGCCGUCUUGUGCGUUGUGAUAUUCCUGCUCCAAAGAGUUACACAGCACGCCCAUAUGCAUUUGUAGAAUUUGAAGAUCCUCGUGAUGCAGAAGAUGCAUUCAACGAAAUGCAUGGUCGUCGUAUUGAUGGAUACACCAUUAGCGUACAGUGGGCAAGAAAUGCACCUAGUGCUUCAUGGCGUUUUGACAGAGGGUCUCCACCACCUUCACGUCGACCUCGUUCACCAUCACCACCUCCACGUAGCUAUAGUCGAUCUUAUGGUCGUUCUCGUAGUCCUUAUUAUCGAGGUCGUUCGCCUAGUCCCUAUUAUCGUGGUCGUUCUCGUAGUCCAUAUUAUCGUGGCCGUUCUCGCAGUCCUUAUUAUCGUGGUCGUUCCAUUUCUCGUUCACCUCCUCCACGAUAUCGUUAUGGUUCGCGUUCAAGAUCUCCACCACCUCCACCACCUCCACCCCAUGGUCAUGAAGUUGAUUAUCAAUCCAUUCGUUCACGUUCACGUACCCCUGAACGCCGUGAUUCACGAACAUCGCCACCUCCACCACAACAACAACAACCACCAACAGCUGCUCAACCUGUUGCUGCUGCUGCUGCUGCUGCUCCUGUUACCACAACAACCACUGCUGGUGCCCCUGAGCAUUAA